AUGGCCCUCCGAAGGCUGACAAAUUACGUCACCAAUAAAGAAUUCAGAGACUAUCUGAUGAGCAUUUUUGGGGACCUGUUGCGAACUGGGGGUUGCCUUUAGCCGCUAUUGGUGACUUAAAGAAGAAUCCGGAGCUGAUCAGUGGUAACAUGACGACUGCACUGAUGUUCUAUUCUCUCCUCUUCAUGAGGUUUGCCAUUGUUGUGCAACCGCGCAAUUUGCUACUUUUUGCAUGUCAUAUAACCAACGAGACGGCUCAGUGCGUACAAAUGGGACGUUUCAUAGAUUAUUGGUUUGUGAAAUCUGAGGAACAAAGAGAGCGAAUAAGGGAGAGCUUCCGCAUGCCUAUCGACAGGUUCCUCAAGCAUUCGUUCAUGCUAUGUGUAUUUGAACCUCAUUUUAAAGCCAAUGUACAUCUAGAGAAACCGAUGCAGGUGGAAGAACAGGCGCUCCAUAUUAAGGCAACUGCUGCUGGAUUCCAGGUUCUCAACCACUACUUUAAGGAAGUUCCACUGGAAGCGGCCCGACUAAGAACAGCGGGUCCCCACACUGCGAGUAAUCGUAUAACAAGGUGGUUUGAAGGUAAAGUCGUGCUGUCCUGUGCGAUAGGACUCAAGCUUAUCGAGCUGAUCUGUCUAGCAAAGUACUUGAAAGGCACAGUCAUGCGGAUGACGAAGAUUGCUUGGAAGUUGGAGGUAAGUGGGUUAAAGAAACAAUGCUUCCAGCUUUCAGAACUGUCCAAUUCAUCUGACUCGACUAAACAAACACUGAAUAUCGUCCAAAUCUACAGAUAUUGGAAUGUCGGAGUACCUGUUGCUAGACUUUGA